AGUCCAGUCUAGUUUUGUUUGUGAAUCAGUUGAGUUUGAGAUAGAAAUUUUUCUUGAAUUUAGUUGAAAGGGACAUAAAAAUGAACAACGCAACAUUAUAUAACAAAACGAAUACGUUACAAAAACGUGAUGCUGAUGAAAUCAUGAAAGAGUUUUCUAACAUAUUUGAGGGAAAUGCAAAGUCAGAACUACUUGAUGUUGGUUGUGGAGCUGGUAACGUUUUAGUAGAAAUAAUUUUACCCAAAAUUAACAACAAAAGCCUUAAGGUUACCGGAAUUGACAUUUCGAAGAAGAUGGUGAAAUAUGCGAGUGAAAAGUACCACAAAAGUUUUAUAAAAUUCCUCAAUGUUGACAUAGAAAGUGAUUUUGUUAUAAAGAAAACUAUUAAAGGUCUCAACCAAAACCAGCAAGAGUUAUGUACUGAAACUUUUGAUAUCAUAACAUCAUUUUAUUGUUUACAUUGGGUACAAAACCAAAGACAAGCCAUCUCAAAUAUCUACAAAUUAUUAAAACCAAAUGGAACUUGCUUGUUAGCUUUUCUCGUUUCAAAUCCCAUAUUCGACAUAUAUUUGAAUCUGUCCCGUAUGAAGAAAUAUGCAACUUACAUGAACGACGUGAAGCAAUUCGUAAGUCCUUACCAUUUUGAAAAGGAACCUUUAGAGGUAUUCAGUAAAAAGCUUUACGAUGUUGGAUUCAAUAUCAUCCACAUUGAUAUUAGGGAUCAAGUUUUUAUUUUUGAUGACAUUGAGCUUUUGAAACACUCAGUGAAAGCAGUAAACCCUUUCUCAUCGAGAAUGUCAGAGAAUCUUCAAAAUGAUUUUCUCGACGACUAUAUAGUUGAAGUUGAUAAAUUGAAUUUAAUUCAGUUUAAUGAAAAUACUUUUUGCAAAACUGUUAUUACACCUUACAAGCUUAUGGUUGCUGUUGCCAGUAAAUAAAUAAUCUUACUUUUUUUAUUUUAAUUUGCUUUCUUUCAAAUAGCAUCACAUCAUAAUGUUUAAGAACGAACUGUACAUAACUCUAUUUAAUUUUUUUUCAUAAAUAUAUUCAUCAUUGUGUUGAUAAGCAUGAAAACAUCUCAACAAG